CCUCAUUUGAUCUUAAUGCUUAUGGACAGCAGCAUGAUCUGAUCUGGAGAUAGAACAUGGUUCUCCUUAUCACUACCCCUCCUAUCCUCGCUGCCGUCGAGGCCCUCCCGACAUCCUCGCGGACUGAUCUCGCUCUCCCCGAUGUGCUGAAUCUCAACGACCCCAUCUCACAUGCUCAGUUGAUUCAGAUCGCCCGAUAUUUCCGGGCCCAGACCUCAAAUCCAGACAUAGCUGCAAGCAGAGAAAGAAGUCUAGAUGCCCUCCUCCGCGGAACAAAAGUGUAUAUUCCGCCUCCGCCCAAGAAACCCGAGCCGAGCCCCGAAUACCUCGCCCUCAAAGCGCGCCUCCUCGCCGCCGCCGAAACAGACGCCUAUAACUGCAUGACUUCCUCCAGUCUCACCCCGUUCUCUACCAGCAGUAGCAAGACCCCAGCACCGAAUUCCAUCUUCACUUCCUCGACACCGACGCUCUCGGCCCUGCACGAUAAAACCAAUAAUUUGUCUGACAAAGGAGGGGAGGAGGAUCAACUCACCCCGUCCCUCGUGUUGAAUAUCUUCCUCUCUGUCCUGAUCACGGGGUUUAGUGUGUAUUGGGCCUUGAGCAGUUUCCGGACGCCGGAGAUGCUUGUUGAUGUUGUUGCGGGGGUGUGGGGUGGAGGGGGCAGAGGAGGAGGAGGGAAGGGUGUGUCGGAGGCGGUUAAGGUGUUGGUGUCGUUGGGGGUAGCGUUGGGGGUGGGGGUUACGGAGGUGAUGAUUUAUGCGAUUUAUUUGAGGAAGAUUGAGGUGGCGAAGGGGAGGGAGAGGAGGUUGAAGGAGAGGAAGGUGGUUGUUGGGAGUGAGAGGGUGGGGGGGACUGGUGGUGUUGGUGAGGGUGGUGAGCGGGUUGGUGAUGAUGGGGAGAAGGAGGAGAUAUGGGGGAGGGGGGUGAAUGGAGGGUUGAGGAGGAGAGUAAGGGAGAGGUGGGAGGAGAAGGAGAGAGAUUUAAAGACUGAGAUUCAUGAUUGA